AUGGGCGAGCCGAUUCCCUUGCGAGCAAAGUUCUCUAGACGCUUCUACGAGCCCAUCCUCCUCGAGGUAGCGUUGAGAGGGAUUCGGCCGCCAAACUUUUCUGACACUCAGCGUGCGCCCAACACCAUUCGUGACAGCGGCGACAGUACGGAGCAGAUCUUCAAAUACUUCGUUAACAGACUCGCCCAGGUUUGCGACAACCUACGAGGGCGAAACGGAGCUACUGUUACGAGCAUCGCCGUGCUGGAAGAGCCUGAGGGUGUCCAUUAUAUUAUCGGAUCUAACAAUCGGAAGGCAGAAAAGCUGCAUGACGUUGAAGUGUUUGUCAAAGAGUUGCUGAACAUCACAGCAAAGUCGACACACCGACAGGCGGACAGAGGCUUGUCAGUACGCAAAGAAGCUCUGUGGCACAUUCUCAAAUUUGACGAGAACCGUGUUCGAUUUUAUCUUACCAGCACGGUUGAGUAUUUGAAGCUUUGCAUCGAAGACUACGAUAGAAAACAUGGUGACAAACCAUCGGCAGAAGCAUCAAACUUUCGGGCACAACUCUCCGAGUUAACGGAACUGCUUAAAUUCCACGAAGACAAAGAGCUUGACGAACCAGGAUACUUUGCCGCUUGCGAAGCGCUUUUCUCGUUCAUUUAUCACGCUCAACUUCAGAAAUUCGGAGACUCAAUCUCGGAGCAAGCACGAGAUGACCAAAUCGAUAGCAACAAGAAGUGGAUGGAACUCCGCCACUUCGUUGGCCGCUUGCAAUCUUACUACCUCGCUGUCGAGACAAUCUUUCGUGCAAGUCGGCUCUGGAAACGACUGUUUCACGAUUUCAAAGUGACGGCCAUCCCUUCGGCUCCUAUUCACCCGCAUCCGCUAUGCAGGAAGCGACCUGUUGCAAACGAGAUACUUGGAAGGAUGUCUUCCGACGAGGACAGGAUAGCCCGAUGCCGUUCCCUGGCUGCCGAGCUACAACAAUUCGGGCUGGAUGAAAAGCUCUUGACCGAGUGCAAUGACCUUUCCCAAACGCACACGGUUCAUUCCGAAGUCCUCAUCCUGGACUACGUGCUGAGGUACAUGCAGGCAGCCGAGGACGCGAACUUUUGGAACAACUGGCGGUAUAUCGGGAGCAGCAAGCCAACGUGCCGCCUCUGCAACUACUACUUCACUGCUCACCCAAGCGGAGUGCAUGUUCGCGAGUCACACAACAAUUUGUAUCCUCACUGGCGCGCCCCAGAUGUCUUUGACGAGGGUGCGAUGAAGGCGACUGAGAAGUUGCUCGACGCAGUGAUCAAGAGGACGAGAGCCGAUGCGAUGCGAUCUCUCGAAUCGCAGAUUGUGCAAGGGAGAAGAUUUGACUCUAAUUCGUUCUCGUAUCAACCCCCUCAUAAGACUGCGACUUCGGUCAGCGAGCUUGUUUCUACUUUUACGAGCUUAGGUCUUAUUGAGGAGGAGGAUGUCAGGAGCACUGCUGCGGAACUUCAUGAUCAGAAGGAAGAGGUGGAAGUUGUCUUUCGAGGACGGAGAUUCUUGGCGGCUCGUAGUUGA